ACCCUUCCACGUUUCCUAUUGACAGGCAUGAAACCUAUGACAAGUUGAUAACGCAAACUUCUGUUAAAACAACUGAAGACAACAAAAUGUCUGUAGGAGGAGGCAAUCUACAAGGGGGUUCAACCCAUCCUCUCAAGAUCUUCGCCAGCAUAUUCAUAUCCUUCAUCGGAGCAGGAGUUCUGGGGCUCCCAUUUGCUUUCAAGGAGGCAGGAAUCAUAGAAGGAGGCUUGAUCAUGACCUUUGUCGGCAUUGUCAGUGUCAAGGCCAUGUUGUUGAUCAUCGACUGCAAGUACCAAAUCCUGGAAAGACGCAAAUCAAAGAAAGGGUAUGGCAAUGGCAGUGUUGAUGAAGAUGGCCUCACAAGGUCCAAGGAAGAAAUUACAGACCUCCUUAAAGGAGAAGGGGCUCUUGUCAUUCGAGUUAAAGACCCCCCAGUGCCACAGACAUCUGACAUGACGUAUGGCGAUGUAGGGUUCGAAGCUUUGGGUCACACAGGAAGAUUCCUGGUGGACCUGGCCAUUGUGGUUUCUCAGACAGGAUUCUGUUGUGCCUACCUCAUCUUCAUAUCAGAAAACCUGUCUGACUACUUCCAGGGAAUGAGGAUAGGCCACUGGCUGCUGAUACUGUUGCCGCCCCUGUGCCUGCUCACCCUGCUGCGCCAUCUUUCCAGCCUCUCUAUAUCCAGCUUGAUGGCUCAGUGCUCUAACCUUAUGGCGUUUGCUGUAGUGUUCUGGUUUGACUUUGAACAUCUGAACAACAUAGAAUACUGUAAUGAGGAUGGGCAUAUGGUUCCCUCUCACAAAUGUCUUGAUGAGGUCUUCAGGAUUCACCCGAAGAAUAUGUCAAUACGAGGAUUUCCCUUCUUCCUAGCCAUAGCGAUCUACUGUUAUGAGGGUGCUGGUAUGAUCCUUUCUCUGGAAUCUUCGUUAGCUGUAGAGGUCCGACAUAAAUUUAGAAAAUUUUUUAUAACAACGAUGGUUAUUGUAACCUCCCUAUAUAUAUCUUUUGGAGCGUGUGGGUAUUUGUCGUUUGGACCAGAGACAAAUCAGAUAAUUACCCUGAAUUUACCUAAAGGUCAAUCUAUAGACUUCAGUAUGAUAGUCAAGUCCUUCCUCUGUAUAGCCUUGUACUGUACAUAUCCUGUGAUGAUGUUUCCUGUGAUGAAGAUCCUAGAGCGAUACACAAUCACAGAUGCAGAUAAGAACUAUUGGAAAGGGAACAUCCUGCGAGCGUGUAUGGUGCUGUGUACGGGUGUUGUCGUCAUGAUGAUCCCCAACUUCGCUAACCUCAUGGCCCUGGUGGGUGCCAGCUGUUGUACCCUCCUGGCCUUCAUCCUGCCCGGCAUCUUCCACCUCAGGAUAUUCAACCAAUCUCUAUCAUGGACACAGAAGUUGACAGACAUUGCACUCAUUGCCAUUGGCGUAAUUGGAACUUUAGUCGGGUCCAUUGAUGCUAUUAAUAGAUUGAAUAGCAAUGAAAGUACAGAGAGGCCAAUGCAAACAUUGUCCACAUUGACAACAACAGUUGCCAACACAACGUCAUCGAUCUUAUCGUCAUCCAAAUUUAGCACGAUAUCAAGUCCAACAUUGUCAGGUGUCAUCAACAAUGUAACCACAGCAUUAAAAAGUCCUGGCCUCCAUUAACAUAAUGCCAGUGUUUGUGUAGGAUGUGCCUGUCCUCAUGUUGUAUUCACCUGUAUCUCAUACUGCCAGUAUUCAUUGUAGAUUAUAAUCGAGUGGGGUGGGCCAAGGCUACACAUAGACUCAUUGUAUAUCAGACUAGCGGACCAGUCCACCCUGCAACCUGCAACCCUCAUGUCUUUGCGAGGAUUAGAGAUGAAAAAAAUAUUGUUUUUGAGAUGACCCCCAAUUCAAAAAGCUUCACAGUACAAUACAUCAUGACAAGGCCAGACACUCCGGUGCACCCUACCCGCCUGCUUUGCCAAUCGCUACGGUACCAUUGCAUGCAAUUGUUUAAAACUUAAUGUAAACAUAAUCAUGGAUGAUUGGCCUAUCGAGCACCAUUCAUGACACCUACCAAUUCUUUAUUGUUAUUUCUGCAAAUCGACAGAUACUGGAUUUUGACUCUAAACUAAACGAUCUUGACAGAAAUGGAUGACGAUAUGUCCGCACACAACAGGGAUGUUGUCGAAGCAAGCCCUGUGAUUGGUCAACGCUUUUAAAUCUUCACAUUCUUUAUAAAAUUGCGGGAAUUUUUACUUUCAUUGACUGCUUGACAUGGAAAUGUAAAAAUGUUUUUUUCGAGCAAUGGCUUCUCAAAAGAAAGCAUCAGUUGUAAAUGU